AUGACGGCGCCGGAGGCCCUGGAGGUGCGGUGCGCCGGCUGCGGCGAGACGCUGGAGGUGGAGCAGGGGAUGACGGAGUUCGCCUGCCCCGGCUGCGCCACGCCGCAGGCCCUCCCGCCGGAGCUCAUGCCGCCGCCGCGCCCGCGCCGCGCGCUGCCGCUCCACCACGGCCGCGGGAGCGGCGGCGGGGGAGCCGGGAACCGGAUGCCGUGCGGCGGGUGCGGCGCCUUGCUGAGCGUGCCGUGGGGCCUCCGGCGCAUCACCUGCCCGCUGUGCGACUCCGACCUCGCCGUCGACGGCGACCGCCUCUACGCCGGCGUCCAGGUCAUUUCGCCGCCGGGCGCUGCUUCUUGUGCGCCCUCGUCCCUGUGCCGGCCGGAGGAAGAGCCCUUAAGCCAAGCGAUUCAUGUAGGACAGGUUCAAGUAGGAAGAUGCAAUAAGCCAAACCAUUUUGAGCAGACACAUGGACCCUUUUCUGUUCGUUCAGUUCAUAGAGAGUCAACCAAUUCACUCAGAUCAAGCCCAAAGGCUUCCGUUUAUGUGGGGUGUGCAGACGAUGCACAUGUUGAUCAGUUAUUCCAUGAAGAGGAGUCACAUAUUAAAUUACCCAGCGGGACUGUUGUCAGGCAUGAUUUUAAGAAGAAAGCUACACUAUCUGCUAGUUCUGUACCCAUUUGUGCUGAGAGGAUAGUGCUGGAGUAUCCUAGUAAGGUUAGCAAUGCACCGAUGUCACAAGGUGCGCCUGCCAAUUAUCCAGUUCAUACAGAGGAGGCACAUGGACAGUGUCAAACUAACACCGUUGGAAGUCAUGGAAACCAGAAAGCUAGACACGCUUCAGCGUCUAGUAUUGUGGAGCAGGAGACAGUAACGCCUCCGAGUCACGCUGCUUGUGCACAGCAAGUGCAUGUCGAGUCGCAUGGUAACACAGCUGGAUGGGAUAAGAAGAGGAAAAAGAGCAGCUCGACUACUGGUGGGAAGCACAAGAAGAAACAUAGGGUCUCAAACGAAGAGCUUCAUCUUAAAUGUAACAAGCAUUCGUCUGCCCAGCCAGAAAAUAUUGGGAAAAGCAAUACUGUUCAGGAGCCAGUUCCUUCUCCGGAUGAAAAUCAAUUUAAUUCUUCAGAUAUUGACAGAAUAAUUGUCAAUCUUCACGCUAGCUCACUGUCUCAGAAGCAGGCACCUCGAGCGGGACCAAAUGAGUUGGACAACAUUGAUGUUACCUUGACUCCUCUAUCUGUAGAUAUAUCUCUAGUUAACGGUGUUCCGCAGUGCUACAGUCAAUACUCGGCACGGGCUAAGGGCGCUCUUGCCAACCGGAGUUGCAGUCCAGCACAGGAGCAUGGGAUGCCUCAGGAAUGUUCUGAUGUGAUACAAGAGAUAAAAGAUGACAGCCAUCCUGUGCAAGUGGAAGUUGAGUGCCACCACAACAAAGCUACGGGACAACACAAGGGUGCAGCAAAAGGCUUCAUGCAUUUACCAAAUGAGAGGGAAUCUGUUGAGGACCGGUUCUACACUGGUACCCACCAGCAGGUGACUGUUGCUACUGCCUUCUGCGACCCUACUCCAUCACCAGUGUUGACUGCCACUCUCUCGCCCAGUACCGCUUCGCCUUCUGUUUCAAGAUCAUCAGUUCAUCGAUCACCACCAUAUUGCCAACCGCCAGAAAGUUUCCAUUCCCAGGAUGCAGAUGCUGGUACCACAGGAUAUAAGAAAUCUAAGCGCAGGGCGCGUGGCCCUACAAAACUCAUUGAACCACGCAGGGAAGCUGAUAGGCCUGUUCUGACCCCGAUUAAUGUGGACAGCACAUGGGAUAUUGAUCCUCCUUGUCCCAAGGUGGCAUCUACCAUCACUUUACUUCUUAAACAGUGGCAUCCAGGAUCAGCUUACAGACGGGUUAGUCAGCAAACAAAUGAAGUGCACCCAGGGCAAUCGGUUCUCCAUUUUUAUGAGUAUCAUUCAGAUAGAAGGGCUAUCAUCAUGGAUGAAUUCCUUCAACGUUACAAGUGGGCCACUGGGCGGGAAGCAGAGUGCCUGAAGCUAUUCAACCGCAGAACAGUCAGACAGUUUACUGGACUCCUGUGUGAUGAGAAGCGAAGGGCUAGACUCGCGUUGUUUGCAUCAAGGAAGAUAAAGGAAACUCCGGAUGUUCCCAAGUCCAAUGGACAGUCAAAUGUUGACGAAGAAGGUGCUAGAAAAAAAUUGAAGCUGCCGCGCAGAGACCCUGCAGCUGUCGGGCAAGAUGAUGACGAUCCGCUUCAGUGGAAGCCAUUCCCUCCUGAAUGGAUGCUGCCAAAGUGGUGGGAGAUGCUAUGUGAGCGCUGGGCUUCAGAAGAAAUCUUGCAGGUCUCUGCCCAGAAGAGGAAGAAUCGAUUCACAGGAGGUUCUGCCCAGCACACAGCAGGCUCGCGGAGCAUAACCAUGCAUCGCAAACUUAUGAUGAUAGAAAAUGGUGGGAAGCCAGUAUCCGAAGUCGAGCUAUUUAAUAAGACCCAUAAACAUGACGGCGGUAAGGGGGACUUUGUUACUGAGAAAGCUAGGCAGACCAUGGAGGCUUUCCAGCGGCGUUUGAAGGAGGCAGGUGAUACUGGACUAGACCCCCAUCUUGCAUGGUCACAGGAGGUAGGGGGACGCAAGCGAGGGAGGUACUAUGGACUUCCUGGUAUCAUUGACAAAGCCCAAAUAGGCCCUUUGAAGUCCACCUCAGGUUCUUCUGGUCGAAAUACAACACAAAUGUUCACUCAGGAUCAGGUUCAGGAGAUGAUCAAUCGCGCCACACAGCAGUUGAAUGAAACUUGGGAGAACAGGUUCCAGUCUUUGGAAGAGAGUAUGCUUAGCAUGGCGUCACCAAACAUUCCACAGCAUGGUCCGUGUUCUUCAGCAGCUGGCGGACCUGGGGCUGAGGACGAUGAGUCAUCACAUGAGCAUACUUCGGAUUCUGCUGACGAAGGAACCUAUCAAUCCACAGAAGAUGGCAGUGGGGUGCAUGUUAGUGAUUAGGAUUUAGGAGCACCUGGUUUGCAUUUCUUGCAAUUGCUUUUCGUAAAUAGUCUAUUACAAUCUGCCUGCACAGUGACUUUGCACAUGUUGCAGUUUGGAAAUAUGCUGCAUUAUUUAGUUUCAUUAGGUUAGUUGGUAGAUUGAUGGGAUUUACGCACCCAAAAAAAUGCGGAACUUCCUGUGAUGUAGCCGUGAACUUCCAUGUCUUAUAUCAGUGAACUGUUAGGAAUU